CGUUACUCGGUGCGCGCCGCCUGAAAGCGCUCCUCUGAACUCUCUCUAAAACUCCGUUAAAGCUCGAGGAAGCGCCGGCAGGGAACGUGCACGGACUGUGUAGGUGCCCUUCUGGCCUGAAAGGCAGCCGCACGCACGUUGCGUUGGGAAGCCAGGUGUGAAUUACGGCGCGGGAGAGGAGUAGUGAGGCAGGUUGCCAUGGCUCGGCUGAUAGAAGGUGGACUAAGAAGAGUACGAGCUGCAAGAAGGCUGCACCAUGCACCAGGGUACCAGAGGUCUCUGAAGAGUCAUUUGUGAUGUUUCAAUUCAGCAAAGCAAGGACUUUGAGUGUUCCAGUUCUGUCACAAAGAUAUGAAUGGUCCUGAGACAGAUGAAGAAUGUAAAUAAGCUUCUAGACCAAAGCGUAAGACAAAGACAGUGAAGAUGAGAAUUCAGACAGCAGCUCCAGAUUCCAGAGGACUACAAGGAAGAACAAGAUGAAAGCAAGAGUCAAUAACCCCUGAAAAAUGAGAAAAAUGUACAUUUGUGGACUUAACAGAUGGAGAUAAGGUUUUGGCGAUGAAGCAUCCUGUAAAAAACGAGAGGAUUAUCUGGAAUGGCCUGAAUAUUUUAUGGCAGUCGCAUUUUUGUCAGCGCAGAGAAGCAAGGACCCAAGUUCUCAGGUUGGUGCCUGUAUUGUAAAUUCAGAAAACAAGAUUGUUGGAAUUGGGUACAAUGGGAUGCCUAAUGGCUGCAGUGAUGAUGCACUACCUUGGACAAGAACAGCAGCACAUAGAUUAGACACAAAGUAUCCUUACGUGUGCCAUGCUGAACUGAAUGCCAUCAUGAACAAAAACUCAGCCGAUGUGAAAGGGUGCAGCAUGUAUGUUGCCUUAUUUCCAUGUAAUGAAUGUGCAAAGCUCAUCAUCCAGGCAGGCAUAAAGGAAGUGAUUUAUAUGUCUGACAAGUAUCAUGACUCUAUUGAAAUGACGGCUGCACGGCGGAUGUUUGAUUUAGCUGGUAUUGUAUACAGGGAAUUCAAGCCAAAAUGUAACAAGAUCAUCAUCGACUUUGAUUCAAUUAACAGCAGACCAAGUCAAAAACUUCUGUGAAUUAAGUCCCAUUAUAUCUCUAGAAGACUGUGAUUAUCCUUCUCUAAAAAGCUGCUAAUGCCUUUCAUCUUGAAGUUACUUGCAACUUUUUAAUGGCUUCUACAGUAAAGUAGACUUCUAAGAAAUGUAAGGCAUAAAAUGUUCCUCUCACUUCAUCUUGUCAUGUGGAAUCUAAAUCAACUUAAAAUCUUUAAUGCCUUUAUCAAAUCUGCUUUAAAAGUCUAGGAAUGUAGGUGAGACAAUAUAAUCCAUGUACAGAAAACUGUUCUGGUUCUUGCUGCAUUCAUCACCACAUGCUCUGAUUGGCUGUCAGCACUGAUUUAGAGUCAGUUAAACAGCAGUUCUUAUAGUAACCAGUAGUACAUUCAAAUAUGCUAAUGUAUGUUGAUCUCUCUAUUGGAUGUGUGGAUCUAAAUAGCUGAUCCUAAUAAAUGACAAAAUGUGUUAUCCAUACAAGUACCAAUCUUCUAACUUGCAUAACACUAGUGUUUUAAAAGGUUAUACAGAUUAAAGUAUAUAUUGUAUUUUACAUGUGUUACCCAACAAAAGGAAGUUGAUUUUUCUAUUAACUGCUAUCUAAUACUGUUAUACUUGUGCGGUGGUGAGACAGGAAGUUGUUCUGAGAAUGGUCGAUGCUGGAGCAAGCUUUAGAGACCUUUCAAUUCUUUUUUUUUUUUCACCAAGAC